CGACGGCCCACCCUCGUCCUUGCACUUGUCUCCGCUUCCAACACUCCCGCGACAAGCUCUGCGCGCCGAGGCUGCCGUCUCCCGCCCUCCAGCACCCGUCAUGACCCUCGUCGAGCGACACACCUUCGGCUCGACCGUACACGCCCUCCUGGCGACGACCGCCCUGCUCCUUCGCCUACCCUUCCACCUCGUCUACCAGUUCGUCCUCUUCCGCUCGACCUCGCCCCUCGUCCAAGACCUCGGCCGCUCGCCGCUCGCCGAGGCGGCCGCCGUCCUCGUUCGACACAUCUUCCUCCACCUCGGCGUCGCACCCGGCCGCGCCCUGUUCAGCCUCGGCAUGAGCCUCCCGAGCUCGUGGGUGACGCGGGCCAACGCCGGCGACGUCAAGGCCAACUGGGUUGCGCCUCCCAGCUCGAGCGCGUCGAGCCGCAAGGACGACGACCUGGUGCUGUUCUGGGUCCACGGUGGCGCGUUCACUCACGACACGGCCGCGACGUGCGAGCCCGCGUUCGUCGCCCUCACCAAGCUCGUCAACGCUCGCGGCGUCAACUUCUCGAUCUUCCACCUCGAUUACUCGCUCGCGCCCGAGCACAUCUACCCGACCCAGCAGCGCCAGAUCCUCGCCGCGUACCGCUACCUCGUCGACGAGCUCGGCAUCUCGGAGCGUCGCAUCUGCAUCGGCGGCGACUCGGCCGGCGGAAACCUCGUCGCCGGCUUCCUCCUGCACCUCGCGCGGCCGAGCAAGCGCAUCCAGCCGCCCGAGAACUCGCGCUCGACGCCCAAGCAGCCCGGUUCCGCCCUCUUCAUCUCGCCGUUUAUCGACCUCCUCUCGUACAACGCCUCGCGCGCGCCGGCCUUCCCCGUCGACUUUAUCGACGACGGCGGCGUCUUUCACGGCUCGCUGCGCUACGUCGGCGCCGUCGAGCCGUACCCGCCGCAGCUCGCCGCGUGGCGCCGCGCGCCGAGCUGGAACCCGCUCCGGUGGGUCGCAAACGGCACGGCGGCCGACCCGCCGCCGCGUCGGCUCAUCGACCUGUCGGUGAGCGCUGCCGAGGCGGACGAGGCGCAAGGGCUCGCGCUGCUCGCGUCGCCGUACGUCAACCCGCACGCCGAUGUCGUCAAGGACCUCGCAUGGUUUAAGGAGGCGCUUCCCGGCGAUGGCAAGACGCUCGUGACCUGGGGCGGCAAGGAGAUCUUCUCGGACGACAUCGAGCUCUGGGUCGACGCGCUGAAGAAGGCCGGCGUCGCUCCUCGAGAGCUCUUCAAGCCGCUCGCGGUCCACGACUGGCCCCUCUUCGACGCCAUCGUCGACUCGCGCAGAUCGUCCCGACCAACUCGCGCGACAAGAACGGCGGCGAGCAGAGCCGGUGGGACUACGGCAUCCGCGAGAUUGCGGCUUUCCUCGAGGCCCGUGCGUUGGAGGCCAGGUGGGCGUGAGAAGCUGCGCGGUCGGCGGACGUGUGUAGCUGUCCACGAGGAACACAGAGAGCUUGCCCCUUG